AUGGACACGAAUUCGUCAUCGUCCGGGUCAAGAGGCUGGAGCGGUCCGUCUCGUGGUCACAGGCCUCCUAGAGGUGGAGGAGGCGGUGGCCGCGGCGGUCGUGGCGGCCGCGGAGGAGUCAGAGGUAGAGGCGGAGGUUGGAAUGGUCAGCAUAGGGAUGGCAGGCAAGCAGCCACGCCGAACAACACGACCACCGAUACUCAGCUUGCACCUGGCCAGCCCCAUCCCGGCUUCUUCCACGAGUCGUUCGUCGGCAACCCCUGGUACGAUCUCGAAGAGAAGCUCGGCAUUCCACACGUGCCCGCCGUCAGCCCGAACCAGACCCCAUCAUCGCAACCAGACGAUGUGAUCGAGUCAUCCACCACCAUCGAUGCGCAAGACGAGGCUCGAGCGCAAAGCGUCAAAGAUCAAGUGUCAAGCACCGUCGAUGCUCAACCCGCACCAGAAUGA